AAAAAUCUUUUCCGUCUGUAAUUGGUAGAUAAUAACUGAACGUAAGACCCGGUCCGGUUCAGCACAGCUUGCGGAGAAGAGCUAGCUAAGCAAUUACAUAUUUGCCAACCGGACAACGAGUUUGUGGGAGAUUCAACAAGAGUUUGGUGAAAGUGUCGUUCGCGAGAAGAAAUUGAUGACUUUGACGCGAGGCACCAACCGCGAUAUUAUAAUUAACUGUAAUUUUCGUGCGGCCUUUCCGUUCCGAAAAGUGUGUCUCUUGGGUCGAAUCUUCGAAAGGAAAUUGAUGAGUGUGUCAUGAGGAACAAAAAAAAAAUUGCCAUACCGGAUGCUGUGUGGGAAGAUUAUCUUCCGCAUUUGUUGACAUACAUUUGUAUGAACUGGAGGAACUGUGUUGCGUUAUUGCACUUUGUGUAGAUUUGGUUAUUGGAAGGAAGUAAAAUGCAAAUUAAGUGCGUUUAAAACAUGUGGCGUGACAACAAAAGAAACAAUAAUAAUAAAGACUAACUGUGAGCAUUAAUGGUUCGUGUUUGAGAAAAAGAACAUAACAACGUGAAGGUUCGAGGUGCUACGAACGAAAAUAAAAGUGUGCAAAAAGUGAAAAAUUAAUAAUAAAAAAAAUACAAUGCAAUGAAUUUGAAACUCAACCAUGUGAUAAUCCACGUUACGAUCGUUCGGACAAAAGAAUGCUGCUGGAAAUGCUGCUCAAAUUAAAUGUAAACAACCGCAAACUCUCAACGUCGCCGCCGUCGUCAGUGGCACUGGUGGCAUUGCUCGCAAUGGCCCUCGUGCGGACUUGUGGGGGAGCGCCGUCGCUCGCGGCCAAAUCAUGGCCAGUGAUGAAAAAUUACGACAUUUGGGGACCGUCGGCCGCCGAGCAGAGCUUGCAGGAAACCGGUUUGUCGACAUCGUCAUCAUCGUCGGCAUCGAAAUUUAAUCCCAAUUUGGGAAAUGGGACCAGAUUCGGGCAGGAUCAGAUGUUUGCCGCGGGUGCUUUCCCGUCGAACGAUGUGUCCCAGCUGCAGGAGGAGGAGCAGGAACAUAAUGGCUCUUUUGGGGCUGGCCGAAGCAGAGGACGCAGUGCCAAAGUGCUCAACUUCUUUCCCGUUCCGGUGGAUGACGAGUGCCUCUCAGACGAUGGUCUCCGCACCGGACAGUGUCUGAACGCGUACGAAUGCCGCAUCCAGGGUGGGUCGGCCCGUGGUCAGUGCGCAUUGGGUUUCGGCGUGUGUUGUAUCUUCACCGCCACCUGUGACCAGGAGAUGGUGAACAACAUCACCUACUUCGUGUCGCCCAGCUUCCCGGCCCUGCUGGCCAAAGAUAUGGUCGCGUGCAAGCUGAAGAUUAAACUGAUGAACUCGGAGAUCUCACAGCUGAAAUUCGAUUUCAUCCACUUUGCAUUGGGUCAACCGAACCGACGGACGGGAAUAUGCGAUGGGGACGUGUUUAAGCUGGUCGGGGGUUUAUUACCGUUUGACCUGUGUGGCCAAAACAGUGGUCAGCAUUUGUAUUAUGAUUUAAAUCCGAAGGCUCGGGCUGACGAGGAGAUAGAGCUGGAAAUGAACUUUUCCCCGCGCUCGUUUACCCAGCGGUUGUGGGAGAUUAGGGUGAUGCAAAUCCCGUUCAGCCAGAGAGCACCGAGUGGUUGCAUGCAGUAUUUCAGCGGAUUGGAGGGGGUGAUACAGACGUUCAAUUUCGCCGAGAAUGGAAGACACUUGGCGAAUCACAACUAUAGGGCCUGCAUUCGGCAGGAGAAAGGAAUGUGUUCGGUUGCUUAUGAACCGUGCGAUGAUCAAUCGUUUCGGAUUGGAAAUCCGCUUGCGGACAACGAUGCAAGUGCGUCUUCGGGUGGAGCUCCUGGUGUGGCUGGUGGUCCGCCUGGAGGAGGAUCUGUUGCACCGGGAGGCACUGGUGGAUCUGCUGGACCGGGUGGUGUAACAUUCAGUGAUCCUUCGCUUGCGGAUGAUCCAUUGGCUCCGGCGGCGGAUAUUCCAGCUGCAGAAGGAGAUGCUCCAGGACUUUUGGAUCCGGCAGCGGAUGGUCCAUUGGCAGGAGAUGACACGCCAGCUAUUGGUGAGCCCGCCGCUGAUGAACCACUAGCAGAUGAUCCGGCAGCGGACGCUCCCCAGGCCGAUGAUCCAGAGGUGGCGGACGAGGGUUCCGGAGGAGGUGACGGUGGUUUCUUUGGGAACUUUUUCCCAUCGUUUUUCUCAAGAAGCAUGCACGAUUCGUACAGAAGUUUUGGUGGUACCAACCGACAGGAGCGUGCCUCGAGACAGUUCAGCUCCAAUUGUAGGGAUCGGAUAACGUUGCCUUGUAUAAUAGAGGACUUCAUAGGCGCUGGGAUGGGUGAUUUGCCGAGCUGUCUACCGGUGCACUGUGGCAAUUCGCUGUGUCCCCUUGGCGUCUCGCCCUGUCGGGUGGAAACGUCGGUUACCCCGUUCGGAUUGGGCAUCCAUUUCGGCGAAGGAAUGGAUAAGGGCAGCCCGGAGGACAAUAUUGGCGCUUGUCUUAGGUUUAAUCAAAUUCCAUGUGCGGGGUAAAUGAACGAUUAACGAAUUUUUGUAGUGUGUGAUGUUAUUUAUUAGUUGCGAGCGUGUGUAUGUGUCAGUAAAAUAAGUGU